AUGUCAGAUACGCUGGAGGCGUCCAAACGCAAAUUGGAAGAGGCUGAGGCUGGGAUCCAAUCAGAGAGCGGGAUUCACAAAAAGCAAAGAACGGAGUUGGAUCCCAAGGAAUUGGAAGAACAAAUCACCAAGGCCUUAGAACUGAAGUACGAAGCAAGAAUCAAAUCUUUAGAAGACACCGUUGCGCAAUUGGUUCGGUCUAAUGGAGGACAAGAAGAGGAAGAACAUAAAAACAACGUGACCUCAAAACCGGAGUUAAGCUCAACACCAAUUUCUAGUGUUCCAAGUCUCAAAAGAACAGAAACAGCUGUAGAUUCUUCAGAGAUUAAGCAUAAGUUUGGUGCCAGUUCGUUUACAUUUCUUAAGUCCCAGAACGGUUCGUUUACUAAUGGGAAGCCUGCUGAGAGCUCGUCUCCUGCUGCUGUUUCCAGACCUACAUUUGGCUCUACUUCUGCGUUUGGUAGUAAUGCGUUUGAAGCUAAGAAGAAUGUCUUUGAUUCAUUGCCUUCGUUUGGAACGGCCCUGAACUCCACCACCACGCACAACGAAGAUAAUAAAGAAUCCCCCAACACCACCGCCACCACUGGUGCUGGUUCCUUUGGCUCCAAGGCCAACUUUGGCAAUGCCUUCCAACAGACUAUGAACAAGAAGUCGUUUCUUGACGAACAACCAACAGAAGAAACUAAGGCCCAUGACGUAGAAGAAAGCUCUAAGCCAACCCAACAGUACAAGCAAGUGGAUCUUAUCCCUGUAGAGAGGUUCACGGGUGAAGAAAAUGAAGAUACAGUGCUCACCCUAAAUGCUAAGCUCUUUGAAUUGGACUUCACCAAUGUGUCCAAAGGAUGGAUGGAAAGAGGAGUUGGCAAUUUACGUUUAAACCAGUCGAAAUCAGACCCUAAAUCAGUACGUCUUUUGAUGAGAUCACAAGCUUUAUUAAAGGUAAUAAUGAACUACAAGAUUACGGCAUCUACAGAAUUAUUAAAGGGCAUGGAAUCCAGUCUUACUCCCGGAAAGUACUUGAGAUUGAACUCUUUAAGUCUGUCAGGUACUCCCAUUCAAUACUUGCUUAAGUUUGGAUCUCAAAGCCAGAGAGAUGAGCUAAUUGGCAAAUUAGAAGUCAUACAAGCCCAACUUUAA